ACCAUACCCCCUUCCUUAAAUUCAUGUUGUAUUCUAUUCUUGGAAAAUAAAGUUUUGUUAUAUUCGUUUGAUUUUAUUGACCUUUGUAGAGCUAUUUUCCUGUCUUCUUCCAAAUUCCUUGUUAAUAACUGUUUUUCUUUCAAUUCCUUAGGUAAUAAAUCUGUAGACUCACCACAAAGCAAAUAUUUAGGAGAAAAUCCUGUUACAGAAUGGUUUGUUUCAUUGUAUUUAUUUCUACAUUCCUCUGCUAGCCUUGACCAAUUUGUUUUACCUUUUGAUUCAUUCAUUUUGCACCUUAUUUUAUUCACAAGAGUUUGGUUCAGCCUCUCGUUCAACCCAUUCGAGAAUGGUGCAUCAACUGCUGUUAAUAUUAAUUUAAUAUUUCGGUUUCUAAGGUAAUUUUUGAAUUCGAUCGAAUUCAAAGCUGGAUAUUGAUCAGCAAGCAAGAUGUCUAUUGUUUCUUCCUUAGGAUUUUCUCUAAGAGUUUGAUGAAAUCUCGGGUAUUUUGAUUCUUGGAAUACAAAGCUUUCAUACAUACAGGAGGCUUUCAUACAUAUAAACUCCAAGAAGGUAUUAUAGUAUUUUUUUUGCCAAUAAAGAUCCUGAUUUUAGUAUAUUUUUAUUUGGUAACUAGCUGACCCGGCAAACUUCGUACUGCAUAAAUUUCUUUUUCACCUUUUAAACCUUCCCUGGACUUCCAUGAACAUUUCAAGACCAAAAUUAGCCAGAUCGGUUUAGCCAUUCUCGAGUUUUAGCGAGACUAACGAACGGAAUUUCAUUUUUAUUUACCUCUAUACAAAAAUGAAAUUCCGUUCCUAUAUUAGCGGUGGAAUUACCCGGAGCAUAUACAAAAAGGUUGUUUUUUUCUUUGAGGCAUUUUCAAAGAAAAUAUCAAAGCAAUAUACAAAACCGACAAUAUUUUAAAGAGCGGUGCAUCGAACAGUCUCGUAUGAUAGCGAAUCGUCUGUUCGUGGUCGUGACUUAACGAAUUGGCUACACUCACUGUAACGAUUGGCACUAUUCAAACUCAGAAGUAAAUACUUCUACUUCUACUUGUUUUAAAUGUCAAAUAGUAUCUUUACUUCGUACUUCAAACCAAUGGAGACACCUUUUGUACGGCAAUUCGACUCUAUUGUCUAUCUCAAUGGCUACGACCCGCAGUGGGCAGUGCAUGUGGGCGGCGUGCAGCGACGGCGGCGCGGCCUGCGUGUCGCUGGCGCUGCAGCCGCUGGUGUACGUGCGCGGCCCGCUCGCUCCCCCGCUCGCCCCCGCCCCCGCGCCCCCGCACGCCCCUGCCCCCGCGCACUACAUGCAGCCUGCGGCGGCCGCUCGCCUCGUUGCAUGGUCGUUGGGCCCGUACAGCGCGGCGGUGCGCGUGUGUGCGUCGCUGACGUGUGCGGCGGGCGCGGUACUGUCGCAUGCGGCGCCCGCCGUGGGCUGCGUGCUGGCGCCCGCGGAGGCCCCGCCCGACUUGUCACCCGACGGGUCGCCUGACGAACCUACCGACUUGUCGGUCGAGUUGUUGGUUUUGGCCGGCGAGGAACUCUACAAUCGUGAAUCGUCAAAACGACCGAAUCACAAAGAUUUAUCUCGAGAUACUUUUAACAUUGGCGAAUGUCACCAAGACCCUGUUGCGCUAAGACUGAGGCUCGCUAAAUGCGCGCAGCAAGCCGAAUAUGAACUGGAGGUGGCAGAGCGCGCGCAACGCGGAGCGCCGCGGGCCCCGCGCGCUACGUACCAGCUGCGCGGCCAGCGGGAAUGCGCGCGUGCUACGGAUGGCUGUACGUACGCCGUGCUGGCGCCCAGCGCGCCAGCGCCCUCGCGCUGCGGCCCCGGGCGCUCGCCGCCGCCGCCGCGCUGCGUGGAGCUAGCGCCUGAUGACGCUUGCCGUAUCCGUGGCGAUGCGCACCUCGACCCGUGCGCGCACCGCCCGCGCACUAUGAUAGAGAUCGACCGCAGUGCCAGCGCCGCGGCGCCCCGGCCCACUGCGGCGGCCCGGCCCGCCGCCCCGCGCGCUCCCUCCGUGGAGUGUGGCGGCGGCCCUGCACCGAGCUGGUGUGCCAACCCGCCCCCGCCGGCUUCCGCGCCGCCUCGCUGUCGUCGACCUACAAUUGUGGAAAGACUUCAGGCUCGUCCCCCGGAAUCUCCCAAUGAACGACGAAUUCAUACAUCGACAAUAUUCUCUAAAGCAGAGAAGUGUUCUAAAUCGACAACAGGUGGAUUAGAAAAUAUGCUCCGUUCAAAGCAACAGCUAAAAGAAGCCGGGCUCGGGCGAGUUGUGGUUGGCAAUGAAGCAGGGCGUAGCGCGCAGGAAGCUCCCGGCGGCAGGCUGGAGCUGGCGGUGCCGGCGGGCACGCGGCGCGUGGCGGUGCGCGUGUCGCUGGAGGGCGCGGCCGGCGGCCCGUGCCCCUCGCUGCCUGCGCCUCCGCUGUCUGCGCCUCCGCUGUCUGCGACAUCCUCGGCACCCGUGUGUGGUAACAAACCUUCCUUCUGUACUAAAGCUUCUACGACUUCUGUGAGACAGGAUUCUUGGCUUUCGAUAAAACAAAUUCAGAAAAAAUUAAACCGAUGCGGUGAAAGUUCCACCGAUAUAAAAGCAGUCUCGCGCAGCCCCGGCCGGAAGCACGGGACCAUGGCUCCGACCGCGCUGCAGAAGGCCGCCUUGCCCACCAGACGAUGCUCCUCAACGUCUGCUCUACUGGCAAACACUGUCGUAGUUGGCUCUGUCUAAAAUAGAAUGCAGUCGUGUGUGUAUUAUUUUUCAAUAAAAUAAUUAUACUUCA